GCGCCGGCACCGCGCGGCGCUCAGCGGCCGCCCCGGGGCUCGGCCCCCCUUUGCGGUGCGAGAGGCGUUCAGCACCGGGCCCUGCGAUGCCGUUUGGCUGUGUGACGCUGGGAGACAAGAAAGAUUAUAACCAGCCGUCCGAGGUGACCGACAGAUAUGACUUGGGCCAGGUCAUCAAAACGGAGGAGUUUUGCGAAAUCUUCCGGGCCAAGGAGAAGACGACGGGCAAGCUCUACACGUGCAAGAAGUUCCUGAAGCGGGACGGGCGGAAGGUGCGGAAGGCGGCCAAGAACGAGAUCAUCAUUUUGAAAAUGGUGAAGCACCCCAACAUCCUGCAGCUGGUGGAUGUGUACAUCACCCGCAAAGAGUAUUUCAUCUUCCUGGAGCUGGCCACGGGCCGGGAGGUCUUCGACUGGAUCCUCGACCAGGGCUACUACUCCGAGAGGGACACCAGCAACGUCAUCCGGCAGGUGCUGGAGGCCGUCGCCUACCUGCACUCGCUCAAGAUCGUGCACAGGAACCUCAAGCUGGAGAACCUCGUGUAUUAUAACCGCCUGAAGAACUCCAAGAUCGUCAUCAGCGACUUCCACCUGGCCAAGCUGGAGAACGGCCUCAUCAAGGAGCCCUGCGGCACGCCGGAGUACCUGGCUCCCGAGGUGGUGGGACGCCAGCGGUACGGGCGGCCGGUGGACUGCUGGGCCAUCGGCGUCAUCAUGUACAUCCUCCUCUCGGGGAACCCCCCCUUCUACGAGGAGGCGGACGAGGACGACUACGAGAACCACGACAAGAACCUCUUCCGCAAAAUCCUCGCCGGCGACUACGAGUUCGACCCGCCCUACUGGGACGACAUCUCGCAGGCGGCCAAGGAGCUGGUGACGCGUCUGAUGGAGGUGGAGCAGGACCAGAGGAUCACGGCGGAGGAGGCCAUCUCCCACGAGUGGAUUUCCGGCAACGCCGCCUCCGACAAGAACAUCAAGGACGGCGUCUGCGCCCAAAUCGAGAAGAACUUCGCCAGGGCCAAGUGGAAGAAAGCUGUGCGCGUGACCACGCUCAUGAAGCGCCUGCGGGCGCCAGAGCAGCCGCCGGCCGCCACCGCUCCCGCCGCCGCCGCCACCGCCGCCACCACGGACGCUGCGGACACGCCGCCCGCCGCCGCUGCCGCCGCCGCGCAGCCCCCGCCCGCCGCCGCCGCCGCCACCACGUGCAAUGGGGCCGGGGCCGCCGAGGCCCGCAGCGAAGAGACCGGCUGA